CGUCCCAAAAAACUAAUAGAGCCAUCUUCUGUGAUCGUGUAUGAGAACUGUCUUGUCUUCUCAUAUGUACAUUUUUUUUCUUCUCAGGUGAAGAACAUCUCCUCAGUGAGUUUCAAGAUACAACUACAGAAAUUGCCCCCAAUGUAACUUUUGUUGCAUCUGUGUGUCUUAAAUCUCUGUGCACCAUUAAAAGCCCAGCACUCGUGGGUUGGAUAAAGGAAAUUGGGUUUUUGAAGCUACCAACUUUUGUUGGUACGUAUGCCUUUUAGGUUUAAGAAAAUUUACUUUUUCUAGAUAAGUAUGUAUUCCUAAAGGAUAAAGGAAAUCGGGUUUUGAGGUUGAUAUAAAUAUAGGUCUAAAGAUUUGUAAGAUUAUUCAUUCACACAAUAAUAAAAAACCCUAAAACGGGUAUUUGCCUCAAUACUUUUUGUUCUCUAUUGUCUUUUUGCUUAAUUCGUGUCUGGUCAGAACAACUUUCUUCUUCUCAUAUGUUGAAUUGUUCUUUAGAUUAGGUCUCGUCUCUCAUUUUAUGUCUUUUAUGUUUCAGAGAAUGACAUUGGGAGGUGUGAGCUUUGUGGAUGCGAUGGAGUCGUACAUGGAGUUCUACAAAAAUCAGGUUAGGAUCAGCGUCGAGGGAUAUGACCUUUCCCUUCGACCCGUUGAUCUCGACAUUUCCUUGGUGAAGCACUUCAGCUCUUGUGGAAACGUGGAGUUCGUGAAGGUGCCGAGAGACCCGGUGACCAAUGCUAUUAGCGGCACAAGUACUACUGUGGUUCUCCGCGGGAAAGGUGCAUCAGAGAAGGCCUUGGCCCUCAACGGAAGUGACGUGGGAGGAUGGAGAGCGUCCGUCAAGAUCUUACCACCAGCGCUAAGUAGUCUGAGAUCUGGCUUGACUACUCGUGAAGCGGCACGUCAAUACGUCGCCCACUUCAAAAGAUACAUGAGCCGAGGCAUUACUGUUAAAGGAUAUGAUUAUUCGCUCUGUGAGGCUGAUGUCAAGAGGGCUUUGGUUAACUAUUUCUCUUCCUGUGGAGAGAUCACCGAUGUUUUUGUUUUCAAAAGACGUGCUUUGGUCUACUUUUUCGAAUAUGAAGCAGUGGAAAGUGCUUUGAAGGUUUGUCGACCAAGUCAAAGACGUGUCACGGGGACGUGUUUCCGUGCUAGAGCUAUGCCGAUACCGAAACGGUUGAUUGUUUAUGGCCCUGACUCCUGCCUUGCUACUCCUACUUAUUGAAGAUGGUCCUUUUGUUUUAGACAUUAUAAUCUGUAUAUGGCUGGAUGACUCGGGUUUUAUUUUGUUAAUUUAGAUGGUUGUUUUAGUCUUCAGCACUUGAAAAGGAUAUUAUGAAACUUAUAAUUAUUUAAAAAAGUAUUUAGUAAGCAUCUUGUGCAGUGUGGUGUUCUUUAUAUGGUUUAAAUCUCAGUUUAAUGAGAUCAUUAAGUCACUAACAGUUUGAGAUGUAAAAACACAAAAACGGUGUCUUAAAUCUUUGUUUGCAAGUCGUUGAGGAAAGAUUAUGACAAUGAGACCAGAUUCGUUGUGGCUAUAUUCCGGACAAGUUCUUGUGUUGAGCGAUCAUGUUGAGAACAUAGUGCAAUCCGAUUGCAAAUGGCAUAAACCCGUUUGAACUUGAAAGCUCAAUGAUCCGGUUCUAAUCUAUUUUAAUCUGAGAUGGGUUGUUAUUACGGUUAUGGGGUCUAAAGAGAGCAAGGAGAAUGCAUUCGGAUCAAUUCGAGCAUGGUCAAGAGUUCAGGAAUAUGAAUGUGUGUGUGUAUUAUUAAAGUUAAAAAUUACAGAUUCCGCUACUAAGAUAUUUAAUUAUUCCUAGAUAUUAGCAUUAAUUAUCUUUUCAUUAUAUAAAACAAGCAUGAACAUACUUUAAUCGUUUCUAAAUUUUAACUAAUAAAUGAUAAAACAUAUUAUUUCAAAUAUUAUGGGAAAUAAAACAAAAUAGUUUUUCUACAUAAUUAAUUUUUGAUAUAUAAAUUAUGUAUAUAUUAUGUAUUUCUAAUAAUUUAAAAUUUUAAUUACAUGGAAGUACCAAAUAUUAAUAUAUAAAUUAUUUAUACAAAAUAAUAUUAAAAAAUAUUAUUUUACAAUUUAUAUAUGUCCAAUCAAGAACUCGAUCUCAAAACUAAUAAAAUAAACAUAUUAGAAAAAAUGCGAUAAAAAUGAUAAUUUGAAAUAAUAAAUUAAAUUAUCACAUUUACACAAUAUAAUUAUUUUGUAAAUAUAAUAAUAUACAAUUACUUAUACUAUAAUUGUAAAAAUAUAUAACAAUAAUCAUGAACAUAUAUAUUUACUUAUAAAAAGUAAAAACAAACAUCCUGCAUACGGGUCGAUUUCUAGUUAGAACUAUUAAAGGUAGAAAAGCUGUGUGAAAUGAAUAAACAUCAUGUGUAUUAUUACUAUAUGAAAAAAGCAAAUGAUUAUAAGUUUAUAACU